ACUGAUCCAAUGGCUUUAGCUUCUUUGUUCGCUCGCUCUCGUAGAACAGCUUCCACCUUCUUUCUCCGCUCUUCACGUCAGCUCCACUCGACGCCGAAUAAAAACGGUGACGUGUCCUCGAUCUCUGCACAGAAGGGUCGCCGGAGGAUUUGGUGGUCCAGGUCUCUUGUCCCGUUGGCGAUAGGUGCUGCCUCCGCAGCCUCUUUCGCGGUUCUGAGCCAGUCGUAUCCUUCUAUCAGCCAAUCAUCAUCAGCUUUGGAUUCUAAAGGUGUAAAGGUUGGGGGGAAAGGAAGUACUGAGCUUGUGGUUAAAGGAGAGUACAAAGAGGUUCCUAAGGAGCUUGUUGCUGAGUUGAAAACAAUCCUCCAGGAUAACUUGACAACGGACUACGAUGAGAGGUACUUCCAUGGGAAGCCGCAGAACAGUUUUCAUAAGUCUGUAAACAUUCCUGAUGUUGUUGUUUUCCCGAGGUCCGAAGAAGAAGUCUCCAAGAUUCUUAAAUCCUGCAACAAAUAUAAGGUUCCUAUUGUACCAUAUGGUGGUGCAACAUCGAUUGAAGGUCACACCUUGGCUCCAAAAGGAGGUGUGUGCAUUGACAUGUCACUAAUGAAGAGGGUGAAAGCAUUACAUGUGGAAGAUAUGGACGUUGUAGUUGAGCCUGGAAUUGGUUGGCAGGAGCUUAAUGAACAGUUAGAACAAUACGGACUCUUCUUUCCCCUUGAUCCAGGGCCGGGUGCAACCAUAGGAGGCAUGUGUGCUACACGUUGCUCUGGAUCUUUAGCUGUAAGGUAUGGAACUAUGCGUGACAAUGUCAUAAGCCUUAAGGUGGUUCUUCCUAAUGGAGAUGUUGUGAAGACAGCUUCUCGUGCUAGAAAAAGUGCUGCUGGGUACGAUUUGACCCGCUUGAUCAUUGGGAGUGAGGGGACUUUGGGAGUCAUCACGGAGGUUACUCUUCGGCUUCAGAAAAUCCCACAGCAUUCAGUGGUGGCAGUGUGCAAUUUUCCUACGGUUAAGGAUGCUGCAGACGUGGCGAUUGCUACUAUGAUGUCUGGAAUACAGGUUAUAGACUUCUCUACUACUACUGAUUUAAAAUGGUUUAUUAGAUUCUUCUCAGCUGUACCUUUUAUCCUCUAUCAGGUGUCAAGAGUGGAGCUCCUUGACGAGGUUCUAAUCAGGGCUCUUAAUAUGGCAAAUGGGAAAAACUUGAAAGAAGUUCCAACUCUGAUGUUUGAAUUUAUAGGGACAGAGGCAUAUGCACGUGAGCAGACUCAAAUCGUUCAGGAGAUUGCUUCUAAACACAAUGGAUCAGACUUUGUGUUCGCAGAAGAAUCUGAAGCCAAAAAGGAACUCUGGAAAAUAAGAAAAGAGGCGCUUUGGGCUUGCUAUGCGAUGGCGCCAGGUCAUGAAGCAAUGACUACAGAUGUAUGUGUCCCUUUAUCUCACCUGGGAGAACUAAUAUCAAGAUCCAAGAAAGAGCUUGAUGCAUCACCUUUGUUAUGUGCCGUCAUUGCGCAUGCUGGAGAUGGGAACUUUCAUACAUGUAUUAUGUUUGAUCCUAACAAUGAAGAGCAGCGAAAAGAGGCAGAAAGAUUGAACAACCUUAUGGUCCACAGUGCACUGUCCAUGGACGGAACAUGUACUGGAGAGCACGGUGUUGGAACAGGAAAAAUGAAGUAUCUGGAGAAGGAACAUGGAAUAGAAGCACUGCAAACUAUGAAGAAAAUCAAGAAAGCGUUGGACCCAAACGAUAUCAUGAAUCCAGCAAAGCUAAUUCCUCCUCAUGUGUGCUACUAAAAAAAUGCCUUGGUCAAAACAUUUAGUUGUCACUGAUGUUUGGUUACACUUGUGGGUAAUAAUAACAAGAGGGAAGAGAUGUUGUUUGUAGUAUACAUUGUAUCUUUGGUCUUAUACUGUUUUUAUUUGGUCUAUAAACACCCAAAGUUUUUAU